UGCUGGGGAGACAGGUGGAGACGGACCACAGAAGUGAGAAGGAGGGGAGCCGCCUGGGGAACGCAAGGAGAGACCAGAACCACGGGGUCCUUCCUUUCCUCCGGAGGUUCCACUCAGAGCAGGCUGAAUGCGCCCCCAGCACAGGAGACGGGACGCCUCACCACCCGGCACAGUACUGGGGACACAAGCCAGACGCAGGAUCAUGGGAGGCCACCUGGACUUUCUGUUCGGGGUGAUGCUUGCAGCCGGCCCUGUGCUUGUGAUUCCUUCCUGUGCCUCUGACGGUCCGAGGGCCUUGUAUCGCUCCUGCAACCUCACCCAGGUGCCCCCGGUCCCCAGCACCACCCAGACCCUCCUGCUGAGCUUCAACUACAUCCAGACUGUCACAACCACAUCCUUCCCCUUCCUGGAGCGGCUGCAGCCUGAGCUUGGGACUCAGUUUAUCCCCUUCACCAUUGGCAGAAAACCCUUCAGAAAGCUGCCCAACCUGAGGGUCUUGGACCUGGGCAAGAGUCAGGUGGAUUUCCUGCAUCGCGAUGCUUUUCAGGGGCUGGCCCACCUGCUUGAACUUGGACUCUUCCGUGGUCUGCCCGAUAAUAUAUUAAAAGAUGGUUAUUUCAGAAACUUAGUCUUGUCUCACCUGGACCUGUCCAAGAAUCAGAUUCAUAGCCUUAACCUUCAUCCUUCAUUCUGGGAAUUGAAUUCCCUGAAGUCCAUUGAUUUUUCCCUCAACCAGAUCCCCAUUGUGUGUGAACUUGAGCUCUAGCCGCUGCAAGGGAAAAAUCUCUCCCUGUUAAACCUUGCUGCCAGUCACCUGUACAGCAGGGUCUCCGUGGACUGGGGCACGUGCAUGAACCUGUUUACAAACAUGGUCCUAGAAACCCUGAACGUUUCUGACAACGGCUGGACCGUGGACGUCACGGGCCAGAUCUCUCUGGUUCUGGCCCACCACAUUAUGGGGUCCGGGUUUGGCUUCCAGAACAUCAGGGACCCCGACCGGGACACAUUUGCUGGCCUGGCCGGGAGUGCGGAGCUGCAGCUGGAUCUGUCCCAUGGCUUCAUCUUCUCCCUGAACUUCCGACUCUUUGAGGCCCUCAAGGACUUGAAGCUCCUGAACCUGGCCCAAAACAAAAUAAACAGGAUUACAAGAGAAGCAUUUUAUGGCCUCGACAGCCUCCACGUUCUCAACAUGUCACAUAACCUCCUGGGGGAGCUUUAUAAUUCUGAUUUCUGUGGACUCCCUCAGGUAGCCUAUAUCGAUCUUCAAAACAAUCACAUUGGGAUCAUUCAGGACCAGACCUUCAGAUUCCUGAAAACAUUACAUACCUUGGAUCUCCGGGAAAAUGCUCUUAAAACAAUUCCUUUUCUGCCAAGCCUAGACACUAUCUUCUUGGGUAGCAAUAAACUGGCAGCCUUGCCGAACAUGAGACUUAAAGCCAAGUUCAUCCACUUGUCAGAGAAUAGGCUGGAAGAUGUGGAUGAUCUCUAUUUCCUCCUCUGCGUCCCUGACCUCCAGGUCCUCAUUCUGAAUCAAAACCGCUUUUCCUCUUGCAGCCGAGCUCACGGCCCAACAGGGAGCCUCAGCUUAGAAAAGCUUUUCCUUGGAGGAAACAUAUUGCAGCUUGCCUGGGAAACCGGCUUCUGCUGGGAUGUGUUCAAGGGGCUCUCACGGCUCCAAAUCCUGUAUCUGAACAACAACUACUUGGCCUUCCUCCCGCCCGGGGCACUUACUCACCUGACUGCGCUGAGGGGUCUCGACCUCAACUCCAACAGGCUGAUUCAGGCUCUUGCUCCUGGCGACUUGCCUGCUAACCUGGAGGUGCUGGACAUGUCCAGAAACCAGCUCCUGUCCCUGGACCCCAACUUGCUGGUGUCCCUCAGAGCCGUGGACAUAAUGCACACCAGGUUCAUCUGUGAGUGUGACCUCCAUCCUCUCAUUACUUGGCUCAACCAGACCAACGUCACUGUAUUUGGGUCUCGUGCAGAUACCUACUGCACGUACCCCAACACGCUCGCAGGGAUGCCCCUCUGCUCUGUUUCCAUGGAGGGCUGCGAUGAAGAGGAGGUCUUGAAGGCCCUAAAGUUGUCCCUUUUCAUCUCCUGCACGGUCACCCUGACUCUGUUCCUCGUGACCAUCCUCAUGGUCACCAAGCUCAGGGGGCUUUGUUUCAUGUGUUACAGGGCUGCCCAGAGACUGCUGCCCACGGUCCAUGCCGAGCGCUGUGAGUCCGACACGUACAAAUACGAGGCCUACCUCUGCUUCAGCGGCAGAGACUUUGAGUGGGUGCAGAGGGCUCUGCUCAGAUACCUGGAUGCCAGAUUCAACCUGUGCUUUGAAGAAAGAGACUUUGUCCCGGGGCGGGAGCACGUCACCAACAUCAAGGAUGCCGUGUGGGGCAGCAGGAAGGUGGUCUGCCUCAUGAGCAGACACUUCCUCCAAGACGGGUGGUGCCUGGAAGCCUUCACUUACGCCCAGAGCAGGUGCGUGUCUGACCUGGACAGCGCCCUCAUCCUGGUGAUCGUCGGGUCCCUGUCCCAGUACCAGCUAAUGAAGCAUCAGUGCAUCAGAGGGUUCGUGCGGAAACGGCAGUACUUGAGGUGGCCCGAGGAUCUCCAGGACGUUGGCUGGUUCCUUCACACACUCAACAUUCUGAAGAAAGAGAAGGAUGCCAACACGGACAGUAGCAUCCAGCUGCAAACUGUGGCAACCGUCUCCUAGUCAAGGAGCAUUUCGAGCUAAUCCCAAGCCACAGAUAGCUCUUACCAUUUCAGGGUCCUGUUUUGGAGAGGUUUUUGUUUUUUUCCUACUAGGAAAACAACAUAGCUCUUGAUUUCCAUAGCCACGGGAUGCCUGGUCUCACUGACCCAGAAAUGGAAAGGAAUCCGGUUCUCUCCAGUCGCGCUGACCACAGGCCACGCCCUCGUCGUGGGAAGGGCCCGGGAGAGGGGUCCCAGAGGGCUGCGAGCCUUCCUCUGGCGCUUGCUCUCGGUCGCUCGGUCGGCAAGGGGCGCCCUCUGCUCCGCAGAACAACACUGACAAAGAAGCACAGAAAAGAGGGCGUUUCCUGCUUCUGCCACAGGGAUGGUGCCGCCGCUCGAUGCCAGUCCCGCUCCAUCUGGGGGCAAGCCGUGGCCCCACGGAAGCGGGCGGGACAGUACCUGGAUCUCAUUGCAGCUGUAGCGCUCUCCCUGUUCCUCGCGAGUUCUUCUUCGCACGCGGCCUGCAUUCCCCUCCAUUCUCUCCCACACCCCGCUCGUCAGCUGCACACAGAUAUCAGGCCUGUUCCAGGCCUGAUUCUGCUGCUCGGGGUGGCUGUGUGACUGUUAGCACGUGACACACCCUCUCUGGGCCUGGUUUCUCAUCUGCGGGCCCGGUGCUAUCUACCAAGGACCUCAGGCUUCUCAGAUCUGCCCUGC